GUUAUGAAUGAAAUCGAAACAACUCCGUUUUGGAUUCUUAGACUUUAUGAAUGAUGACAUGACAUAUCAAUCGAAUGUCACAUGACGACAUUGAAAAUGAAAAUGUUGACAUCACUAGAUACGUGAACACAGGUCGAUUGAAAUAGACAUCAGUAUGCAGGGUUUGUCUAGACAGAGGAGUGAGGAUGGCAAGGUUCUCUGUGGAUCUUGUCCAGAUGAGCAGUGUCAAGCCAAAUUGUUUUUUCCUGCCUAUGACAAGAGUGUGGAAUGCACAGGCUGUGGAAAACGACAUGAGCAGACAUCGCUACAAAACAUCGCUGAAGUCACUAAUCCUAGCGUAGCAUUACACAACAUCUUAAAAAACAUCCUCCUGGGAAAUGUGAAGCCUAAGAAAGGAACUGAUGAUGUCAAAGUUCUUGGCCUGUCAAAUUAUGUUUGUAAAUCUAUUUCUCCAAUUCUGACACGAUAUGGAAUGGACAAGAGAACAGGGAAGGCAAAACUUCUCAAAGAACUUUCACAGCAAGACAUUUUCAAUUGUGGAAAGAUUCUCGGUGAUCGUGCUUUCCUCAUUGAGGAGGAGAACUUGGAGGUGAUUGGGUACGGAAGAGAUCGAUCUGGAAGUGUAAGAUACUUAGCAGACAUUCUAAAAGAACUAAAAAUCUACAAUGACCAGGAAGAACGUCUUGUCCCUAUACACGCCGAUGGAGAUGGACAUUGCCUUGUUCAUGCUGUUUCCCGAGCGUUGGUCGGCAGGGAAUUGUUCUGGCAUGCUCUACGACUGAAUUUAGCUGACCAUUUCCAGACAAAUUUAUCCCGGUACAAGGAACAUUUUAGAGAAUUCAUAGACACCAAUGAGUGGGAUUAUAUCAUUGGAGAAUGUGAUCCAGACUUUAUUCCCCGUGACGGAGAACCAUUGGGUCUUAGAAACAUUCAUGUGUUUGGUCUGGCCAACGUUCUCCAUAGGCCUGUCAUACUCUUGGAUUCCUACCUUGGCAUGCAGAGCUCAGGAGACUAUUCUGGUGUUUUUUUGCCCGCCCUUGUUGAGCCAGAAGCCUGCAAGAGUCGAGAUGGUACACUCAACAAACCACUGUGUAUUGCCUGGAGCAGUGCUGGACACAACCAUUACAUUCCUCUCGUAGGAAUCAAAGGAAAGAAUCUGCCGAACUUACCUCGAUCUAUGAUCCAACGAGCUUGGGGAGUUCCUUCCGAUUUGAUUGAUAAGUACAUAGAGUUUGACCAAUCAGACCUUUGCAGAGUAGGAGGGAACAAGUGUUUGUCAGACAAGUACAUUCGUCAGCUGGUGUCGGCCAUGGACGAAGUGUUUGUACAGAAGAAUGGCGUGCCUCCUCAGCUUGUGGCUGACGUACACCAGUUCCUGUACAAGUCUUCAGGUAUUGUCGGGGUUAAACUGGAAGAAGUGAUAGAAACAACAAAAACUGCCAUAGAGGAGCAUGUUCUGUACCGAUGUCUCACCUGUGAGGCCCUGAUCAGGUAUCAUCUUCCCUCGGAGUGGUUCCGGCGCGGGGGCAGUCUGUAUGACCUUGCAGUUAAGACGCACAAGGAUCUACUAACGGACAAGAAAUACGUCUUCCCAUAUCAAGGGGUGACAUGCAUGUACAACAAAGAAAAAGACAUUCUGGUCCCAGAUAAAGACACUUCAAGGUUGAAGACAUGCUCCUUUUGCCAAGGUGACAGCGUGCGUCUGGUCAAUACCGAUGGGGGUGUGCAGUACUUUAACGGCGACCGUACAUUGGCCCGGUCUACAUCUGGCAGGUGUGCCUGCGGCUUCAAACACUACUGGGACGGCAAGGAAUACGACAACAUUCCAGAGAUAUUCCCUGUGACCCUACAGUGGAACGGUAAAGUGGUCGAGGAGAAAGUGGCCUGGUUCCAGUAUGAGACAGACCCGACCAUGAACAGUAACGUGUUCCAAGUAUCACAAAAACUAGUCCAGAAACAUUUUCCAGGUGAAUUUGGUAGUGAACGACUUGUCCAACAGGUAGUCGACACCAUCUUACGCAACACUGCCAGUCAGGAGACCAGUCAACUGGAGGAAGCCGAGGGAUCACAGGAUGUUGACAUGGCUGAUGACCCUCUGUGGUCAUCUGAUAUACCCUCUAAAAUCAUACUGACCGGUUAUAAGCAAAAAACCCUACACAAAGAGGAGUUGACCAUGAGUGAGACGGAGAAAAAUGUUCGUAAGCAAGUGGAGAGUCAGGCUCCGAAACAUCAACAGAGAAAGACAAAGGAGAUUGCUGCCCUAGCCGCCAAGUCCAGUCCAAAAAAGUCAAAAUCUGAUAUCACUGCGAAGAAAACAGAAAAUGUCAGCCCUUCUCAUGUUCCGAUGGAAACUACACAAGCAACGAAGAAUAGGCAGAAAAAGGUUCGCUUGGCAACUUCUGAUGGAAGACAGGUCAUGUUGACCCUAGAGAAGGAUUUGACUUUUGAUGACCUUCAACAAAUGAUUCAAUCAUCUGUUGAUGUCCCUCCCCACCGACAGAAAAUCAGGGUUGGGUUUCCACCGAAGGAGCUUAAGCCUCCGGCUGAAUCAGAUUCAGAUCAAAUUAUCAACCUUCAACACGGAGACAAGAUUGCUCUAGAGGUGCUGCCUGACCCUGUGUUACCUGCGGGAAGGUCAAAGUCGUUCAGUGCUGUGUCCGCCUCGCCUGCAGCAAGCAAGCCGCGGUUGAGUUGGAGCCACUUUGAACAGGACACCCACCAAGCCUCGGCCGAUACCCUCCUACAGAGUCUAAAGAAUGCACAGGAAGCUAAUGACACUUUAGAUGCCAGUAUUGCGUCGCUCGCGAUCAUGGCAACCAUUUCUGGCAAGGAUCUUUGGACCCAGGUACAGAGCAUGCCUCAUCUGUUCUCUGUUGGGGGUCUAUUCUACAAACAGGUAGAGCGUGAUCUCGGACUGGUGGAUGGUAAACACUGCCAGCUUCCGUCUCUCGAAGGAAAGGUUUUCCGUUAUAAUGCCAAAGAAGGGAGACUUGAGCUCUGCAUGGAACCUUAUGGCCAUUUCCAGGUAGAACCUGGCGUUGAUAGAAAAGUGGCACAGCUGAAGGAACAGGAAGAGAAGAUAACAUUCGGAAGCAGUGGAGCUGUUAAACAUGACACUAAAAGACAGGCGGCCUUUUCUGGUGAGGGACAUUCCUUACAGGCCAUGAAUAUUGAACGAAUGCCUAGCAACAUUCAAGACAUGACUACCCAUCAUCACCAUGGCAACCAUCACAAUACUGUCAGAAAUAUGCAGACAAUGUGUAGUCCUAGCAAACAUGAAACUGCUAUACCUGAAGAAAUGGUUACGGAGAGCUCUACGAAGGGGAAUAACUCUAGUGAAGAAGGGAGGAAGUACCAGAGACUUGGGCCAGGCUACAGUGUUCUCGACCCCAAUCUUGCUGACAACACCAGUCAGAAUGCCCAGUUUUUCAAGGAAAUUGCAGAUAGUAUGGAAAAAUCCAUGCAGGAGAUUGAUCAAGAGAUGGAACGUAUUGAUGAUGACGAACAGAAGAAGCAGUUUCGUGGCACAGCUGCAAAUGUGAUUGCUGAAGCACGACCCGAAGUCAACGUCCAGCCUCGUGUGCAACUUGAAAAUAAGGACAUAGUUAGGUCGUCUACGACAGAACAGUCGUCGGCUGACUUGACGCUUCCUGAUGCUUUAGAGAUUGAGAAGAAUCAAGAAGAAGUUCAAACGUCAGAAAGUUUAAAUGUUGGAAUUUCAGAUGGAGAAAAACCAGACACUGAAAGUGAAAGUGAAAGUAAAAGUCCUAUUAACGAAUGUAUUGAUAUUAGUGCUUCUGGGGUUUCAGAAACUUGUUCUUCUCAAACACCUUCUACCGUGGAAAUUCCUGGUGCUGGUGCCUUGCCAGAACUAGAGGAAAAGGAACCAGAGAAAUCCCAAGAGAUAAUAUAUGACAGAGUCGGGGAUUUCACAGUAACAAGUGCGGACACCCUGGAAAAAGACAAAAGAGCGGAUAGUGAAACGACACAGGACAGCUCUUCAACAAAACCAGAAAAUGUUGAAGAGGAAACAAAAAUGGCCAAGUCUCAUGACAUUGUAUAGUUAACACAACUUGGCUAGUGUGAAGCACUGUAAACAAACUUGUAUUGGCCAAUGCAUGUACCUCGGUCUACAAUUUAAGUAAGAAAGUCAUUUAGUGGAUCAACCCUUUUCUGAAACCAACAUGUGCAUGUGCUGAUACUGUCAAAGUCAUGUUUUAGUGGGGUUCUAAUUUUUCGUGAUUUUCGCAGUGACAAUUUUUCCAUGAAAAAUACAACCCCUCUCUUACCAUCGGACUAAGUGUCAUGGCUAGCAAAGCUAAAAAUACGAAAAAAUUAACCUUUUAGUACAAAUCCUAAAAAAUCAUAUUAAAACCAGCAGUGUAUAGGUCAAGCUCUAGAACAGCUGACCUGCAGUGUAUAGGUCAAGUACUAGAACAGCUGACCAGCAGUGUAUAGUUCAAGAACUAGCAAAGCUGACCAGCAGUGUAUAGGUCAAUUGCUAGCACAGCUGACCCGCAGUGUAUAGGUCAAGUACUAGCACAGCUGACCAGUAGUGUUUAGGUCAAGUACUAGAACAGCUGACCAGCAGUGUAUAGGUCAAGAACUAGCAGAGCUGACCAGCAGUGUAAAGGUCAAGUACUAGAACAGCUGACCAGCAGUGUAUAGGUCAAGCUCUAAAACAGCUGACCCGCAGUGUAAAGGUCAAGCUCUAAAACAGCUGACCCGCAGUGUAUAGGUCAAGAACUAGCACAGCUGACCAGCAGUGUAUAGGUCAAGUACUAGCACAGCUGACCAGCAGUGUAUAGGUCAAGAACUAGCACAGCUGACCAGCAGUGUAUAGGUCAAGUACUAGAACAGCUGACCUGCAGUGUAAAGGUCAAGCACUAGAACAGUUGACCAAGUACUAGCACAGCUGACCAGUAGUGUUUAGGUCAAGCACUAGAACAGCUGACCAACGGUAUAUAGGUCAAGCACUAGAACAGUUCACCAGUAGUGUAUAGAUUGGACAAUACAACAAUUGAACAUUAGUGGAACAGUACAAGUCUUAUACUAAAACAAACAAUUUGACCUGUUUAUUAUGAUAGAAGAAAAUUCAUCAAAAGAAAAUUGCUCAAGAAAGACAAUUGACAUUGUUACACAAUUGCAAUGUCAUACAUGGCCAAUAUACUAUGUCAUGCAUGAGUAAUGUUCAAAGUCAUACAUGGUAAAUAUACUAUGUCAUACAUGAGUAAUGUUCAAUGUCAUACAUGGUAAAUAUACAUUGUCAUACAUGAGUAAUGUUCAAUGUCAUACAUGGUAAUUAUACAUUGUCAUACAUGAGUAAUGUUCAUUGUCAUACAUGGUGUCAUACGUUAUCAUACAUUGGUCAUGUAGUGUUAUACAGUAGUGUUAUACAGUAGUGUUAUACAGUAUUGUUAUACAGUAGAACCCUGGUCAUCUAGCCCAAAAGUUGGACAAUUUGAAAAUGCAUUUUUCUUAGGAAAUGCUAAUGUACAACAUUUCUGCAUUCGUCAAGAAAAGUCACCAUUUCAAAGAUAUUCUUUUCUCUUCAAAAGUGUCCAGACUAUGAAGUGUAUAGGUCAAGAACUAGCACAGCUGACCUGCAGUGUAUAGGUCAAGAACUAGCACAGCUGGCCAGCAGUGUAUAGAUUGGACAAUGCAACAAUUGAACAUUAGUGGGACAGUAUAAGUCUUAUACAAAAACAAACAAUUUGGCCUGUUUAUUAUGGUAGAAGAAAAUUCAUAAAAAGAAAAUUGCUCCAGAAAGACAAUUGUACAUUGUGACACAAUUGCAAUGUCAUACAUGGCCAAUAUACUAUGUCAUACAUGAUUAAUGUUCAAUGUCAUACAUGGUAAAUAUACAUUGUCAUACAUGGUGUCAUACGUUAUCAUACAUUGAUCAUGUAGUGUUAUACAGGAGAACCCUGGUAAUCGAGCCCAAAAGUUGGACAAUUUGAAAAAUGCAUUUUUCUUAGCAAAUGGUCAUGUACAACAUUUCUGCAUUCGUCAAGAAAAGACCUUCUUUUCUCUUCAAAAGUGUCCCGAGUACAAAGAUAGAACUGCAUGUUAUGAGCUAACAACAUAUUUAUUUGUCCUAGAACCACAAAUUAGGUUAAGAUUAUUUAUUAUGACGAUAUAUUACUUAAUGUGUAUACUUCAGUAUUUCAUGUUGCCAUAUUUCUAGGUCUUCAGAGCCAAACACUGUGACCUAAUGCCAUCAAUGUGUUUGUCCAUCUCUGUGUGCUAUGCAUUAUCAUUUCACAUUUUCCAAUUCUUCUCUAUAACCAGUUGAAAAACAAGAUAUUUGUCAAAUCUUUUGAUAGUGUGCCUUUUGCUUUCUGAAGUGAAAGGCUGUCAGCUUUGUCCAAUUGAUUGACCUUGACCUUCUUUCACAGGUCAUGGGGGUAAAUAUGUUAAAAAAUUAAACAACUUCUUCUUAAGAACAUUAAAAAGGCCUACAUUGAUAAUGAUUGGGUUGUAUCUAGGAUGGCUAUCAGAUUUGUUCAAGUAAAUUACCUUCACCCAGUUUUAGGUCUAGUAUCUUUUAAAAACUUCAAAUAGUUUCUUUCAAUGAUCCAAAAGGCCUGGAGUAAUUAUAUUUGUGAUAUAUAUAGCUAGGAUUAAGGAUGAACGCUAACACAAUUUUUGGAUGAAUUAUGUUAACCCACUUUCUAAGGUAAUUUCCCAAAUUAUCAAACAAUUUCUCCGACAGAGAUACAUAAUGUCUAGUAUAAACAUCAUGUUUUAUAUAUAUAUAUAUAAAAAAACCAUCAUUUUUAUAAUCAUCUUAAAUUUGACUCGAAUAUAUUCCAGAUGGGUUAACGUUUGACUCACUUUAAAACAUAGCAUUGAUUUAAUACUUUUUAAUCCACUCACCAAAGUAAACUAUAUAUCAACUACAUAUGUUUGGUCAUUAAAUAAUAUCUAAGAGCCAUUAAAUAAUAUCUAAGAGCCAUUAAUUAUUGUGCUGUGAAUAAGUUAAUUGAUAAAAAGAUCCAGGAAUAAAUACCCUAAAAUCUUUAUAAGAAGCCCCGGCUUAUUGUCAUUUUAGAAAGAAAUACCAGGCUUAUUUUCAAUGCUUGCUUAUUUUCAUUUUAGAAAGAAAUCCAAGGCUUAUUUGCAAAGCUGGCUUAUUUUCAUUUUAGUACGGAAACCCAGGCUUCUUUUCGAAGCCUGCUUAUUUGCAAUGAAGUCUUAUUUUUGAAAUCAUUUAGGCAGUAAGCCAUCAGUGGCUUAUCUUCCAGUCCUUCUUUUUUUUGCAUGGAAAAAUAACAAUUUUCUUCAGAAAAUCAAAUUAAUUUCUCUUUUUUUCUUAUAAAAUUGAUGCAAUAGUAAGUCAUGUGAAGUUAUAUUUACUUGUAAACCUGUUUAGGUUGACUAUUUUCAAAGACUUCUUUUUAUCAAGAUAUAUUUGACUGCAAGGAAUCCAGGGCUUACUUUCAAAAUAUGCCUAUUUUCAGAUCAGGCUUAUUAUCGAGAUUUUAGGGUGAAAUAUUUUGUUUCCGUCAAUAGCAGCAUUACCUCAUUCUGAAAUCAAUUUGACGAUUGCUCAGGCCUGUAUGUUCAAAUAUAGAGUCUUAGGCCAAUUUGAGUACCUAUUUAUUCAUUUUUAUACUUGGUAAUAGAUUACAGCAUAUAGGCAUUGUCAAUACAUCUAUAGAAAUAAAUCAAUGUUGUGAACUUAGGAGGAUAUGGAAAUGAUCAGAAUUUGUUAUGGCUGAUGAAAAUCAUUUUUUUUGCCCUGUAUGAUGUAUGCAUCAGUUGUACCAAUUUCAUAAUCGAUAUAAUUGGUUCCAUACUGAACUGAAGUGUCAAAUAUAUGUAAAGUUUGCAUUGAAAGUCAUUUAUUGUUAAUAUAUGAUUGAUGGUAAUGUAAAAAAAAUAAUGGAAGUGUAGAAAAAACCCACCUUUAAACAGAUUGCCCAUCACUAAUCAGAAUAAUUCUACAGUCAGUUUUCGAGGAAUUUCUUUAAAAACAGGAUAGCCCUCCACCACUGGAUCGCGGGUUCAAGGCCUAUGUGGGGCAGUCGCCAGGUAC